AUGCCUUCGAGCUCCACAUUGUCAGAUGUCCAUCCGGCUAAGGUUCUCGCUCGUGAGCAGCAUCACAUCUUACAGCCACCAUCUACGCCGCCCCCAAAGGCACGCCAGGACUCCACUUUGUACAUUUCAAUAGGUUCCCAUUUGAUUGAUACCCCUGAACCAGAUUCUUGGCCUGCCAGCAUCGAGAAUUUUACUGAUGAGGCAUCUUUGCCCACUUAUCCCCUGGCUCGGACAAUUUCGGACGCCUCAAUGCGAGAGCAGACUGGUGUGGAUAGCGGUAUGAUCGAAGAGGGCCAUCUUACGUCUCGUGGACGCCCUCGAUUGGUAGACAUUGUCUACCUCACUGCCCCAGAGUACAAGCUGUUCUAUCACCAGCAUAAAAAUGGUCGGAACAUGAGGAGCACGGACGACCAACCAAGCGAACCUUCUCCUACACGAGCAUCCGCCCCAGAUAUCAACGCAGUCGAGUACUUGAAUCAUCCAGACGAGGCCCGUGAGCGUUCAAAUCAUGUGCAAACCGCAUUCUCGGUUAGUCACACAACACCACCUAUGUCUGUAUACACGACUGAAGGAGAUACGCAUGUGUUCGCACAAUUGCCUGGACUUGAUGGUCCGUGGUCUUCCAUCAACACCAUGUCAGAAAGCAGGCAUGUCGAGGAGAAGCUGGCUAAUUCUACGGUUUCCCAUGGGAAUAGCGAGCAUUUUCGGACUCCGGUGUCAUGA